CGCCUCCAGCCCGGUUCUGGGCCUGCGCCGCCAGCCAGCAGCAUGCCGUCCAAGGGGCCGCUCCGGUCCGUCCAGGUCUUCGGGCGAAAGAAAACUGCCACCGCUGUAGCCCACUGCAAGAGAGGCAAUGGGCUGAUCAAGGUGAAUGGGCGAUCACUGGAGAUGAUCGAGCCUCGCACCCUGCAGUACAAGCUGCUGGAGCCUGUCCUCCUGCUGGGCAAGGAACGUUUUGCUGGAGUAGAUAUCCGGGUCCGUGUGAAAGGAGGAGGCCAUGUCGCCCAGAUCUAUGCUAUCCGGCAGUCCAUCUCCAAAGCCCUGGUGGCUUAUUACCAGAAAUAUGUGGAUGAGGCCUCCAAGAAGGAAAUAAAAGACAUCCUUAUCCAAUAUGACCGAACUCUGCUGGUGGCUGAUCCUCGGCGCUGCGAGUCCAAGUUUGGUGGCCCUGGGGCCCGGGCUCGCUACCAGAAAUCCUAUCGAUAAGGCAACUGGUGGGAUUGCGGGCCUUUUUGCAAUAAAUUUGCUAUAU